UGAGCAGCCUAAUUAGCAAGGGACCGCGGCCAUGUGCGUACAUUUGACAGGGAAGGGUUAUUUAAGCCGUCAAGUGAGCGCGGCCCCUCAAAGGCAACCCAUGUUCCGCGUUUAUAACGCUAUGCAGGAUAAACACGUUAUAAAUAUUCCCAAACUGCAGCCAACAGCUUGAAAAAUAAACCAACCGAAGGUGGCGCUACACAGUCAUGCUGCUGCUGCUGCCUCUGCUGCUGCUACUGCAGCAGUCUGGGCUGUCGCUCUGCACAGUCCCGACUCUCAAAUCCACCGACAUGAACACCGUGGUCAAUUCUCCAUAUUCUUCCCUAAUUUAUUUUAAACAGAAAAGUACCAUCCAAGUGAAACAUUUUUUGAAGAAUCUGGAUAACGCUUCUGAACUGCUUAAGCAGUAUGCGAUUUCAGUGUGGCAGGUUGACUGCCAAGAAAACCACGUGGAGCGCUUUUGUGAGAAAGACAAUAUUAUCAACAAAGCCUAUCUCUUUCAGCUGAACAAACUACCUCAGCCCCUUUACCUCGAUACUCUAUUUGAUGUCGACUCUAUAAUGGCCAACACUCUGCACUUGCUUUUGAUGGAGGAGGUGAGAUUUGUCCAAGAUAAGCAAGGGCUGCAAAUCCUCAAGGACACAGAAAAGGGCCGUAGAGAUGUUGUGUUUGCUUAUCUCCGUGCUACUGGUCUUCCAGAACACAGAAUAUUCAUAGAAAUGGCAUUUGUUUAUGGAAACAAAUUCAUCUUUGCCUUCUCAACAGACCAAAACAUUCUAAAGGACCUUGGAGUGUUAGAGAGCUCCUUCUCCCCACACCUAUGGCUCAUCAACUGUGGGGAUUUGUCACUGAGCGAUGGCCAGCCAUGCCCCGAGACCGCCUUCCGGCAGCCUUUCACCUUGCCUUACUUGCAUCGUUUCUUUAAGCUCGCUUCAGGGCCAUCUUAUGUUGAAACAACAGAGGAUCCUGCACAUGUGCAGACAAUUUUUUCGGAGCUGCACAUCCCAGAGGUGUUUUUGUUUUCACGGAGAGAGACGUACCAAUAUGACAAAAUCACCGCGCGCACCUUGUCCCAUCGCCUGCUGGGCUCAGCCGGUGUCGUCCUUGUCCGCUGUGAGGAACACGGAGUUGCAUUUCCAACUGAUUUCAAUGUCGCCUACAGAGGUGCAAAUCCAAGCGCAAAGGUGGAGCAUCUGUUGAUGCAGUCUUUUGAGGCGGUGAUCACCCGUGUGGAGCGGGAGGAGACGCAUGGCUCCGAGCAGGAGCCAGAUCACAGUGGUUAUGGUCAGCCCCAAGAAGAAGAUGAUUAUGACCCCUCUUCCUCAGACUUUAUGCCACUUUGGGCCAUGCAGGAUGAUGAAGUUGUAAUGGCUGUAGAAAAAAUAAAAAAUAAGAAGCUCAACCUGGAAGAGUCAGUCCCUGCACUCACAGACGUCGGCUACCAAAGGGUCUUAUCGCAGCCAAACAUGGAUCUAGUCAUCUUCUAUCUUGGCUGGGAUGCUGUCUCUAAAGCUUUUUUAUGGACCUUUGCAGAAGUUGCCAAAAAGAUAUCAGCAGCCUUCAGCGGUGUUGGCAGACGAGUCUCCCCGUGGCGCGUGGACUGUGCCGAGUGGACGGAUGUUUGCCAGCAUGCCAACGUGAGCCGCCUCCCCGCGGUGUUGCUCUUUUCAUCACUGGUUCAGAGGCCAACCGCCUACCCCGGAACCUUGUCGAGGGAUGCGCUUCUCAGCUGGGUGGCGAUGAUUAGAGUAGACAGCCCACUACCGUUGCACUCGGUGGAAGAAGCGAUGGCUUUCUUGCGAGGGGAUCUGCCCAGCUGUGCUGCCGACCUUUGCAAUGCCUCUGUCCUUGCACUGCUCACGGUCAACAUGCCUGCUGAGAUCACAGCCUUUGUUGAAGCCAGUAAGGCCUUGAGAGGAGAAGUUCUGAUGGGAUUGUGCAUCACCGAUCGUGUGGCCUUGGAUGUGUCCACUCAACUUGGCAGUUCCAUUCCUUCCAUAAUUGUCUUCAAACGAGGGGAGCCUUCUUUAAAGACAGUUGUGUUCCCACGGCCGAUCAGCGCAGAUGUCACUGUGAAAACUAUCCGCGACUCCAGCCAGCCUGCAUUUGCAGAGCUGAGCGUGUCGCUGCUACCGGAGCUGCUGCGUGUCGGCCGGCCUCUCUUAAUCCUGUUUGUUGGAGGCCGCAAUGGAGCCUCCGUGUCAGCCAUGCGCACACUGGAAGCCGCAGCUCGAAGCGGGGCUCUGGCUUACAGCACGGCUUGCUGGAUGGACAUUGUGGACAACCCAGUGGGCUCGGAGAUACUGGAGACAUACUUGCCGAGGACAGCCAACCCACCGGAGCUGGUGUUGGUGAACCCACACAGGGGCGCAGGACAGGUCUACGCGUUUCCCAAAUCUGACAAGCCACUCACCGCCUCUGCCAUCUCUAUGUGGCUUUCGAGUAUCCGGCUUGGAAACCUACAGCCGACAGCUGUUCUGCCAGACAAGACAUGGCCUCCGUCACGCCAAAAUCUGGACUUUCUGGCCAUCAUGGAUGCCGAAUCACCGGGGUUCGCCGAGAACCGUCAGCCGAAUGGAGCCGACACCGACGACAGAGAUGCAGGAGACAGUGAAGAAGAUUACGAUGACAACGAUGGCACUGAGCAUAGCGGGCAGGAGGAGUGGAGUGAAAGGGAUUUGAAUCACAGGGUGUCGUCUGCUUACAAUGGGAGGGAGGAAGGAUUCCUACCAGGACGUGCACCCCAAAGCGCUGGCACCGGUCAUUUUGCCCCUACUGAGAAAAUGCACCAAACCCGGCCACCCCCGCAAAGCCAGCCUCAUGACAGACAUGUCGAGCUAUGAGUGAGAGCGGCACUUUUAUUUUCCCCACCCCGCUCUUAAUCCAAAAAUAUAUUAUACAGCUGCCCGUGUGUUGGUAUGUCCUUUCUUAUCGUCGUGCAUGCUGUGUAUCUGACGUUUUUUAAUAACGUUGGGUGUUGCCUUGCCCCGCGCUCUUUGCAGGGGAGGGUACUCCAUGCCAAUCAAAGUGCAGCUGUUUUGUUCCAUGUGAAAAAAAGCUCACCUUUUAGCCCAUCCGGCUCUGUUAAGCUUCACUUGUCAAAAUCAAUAUCCCACCAUUUGUCCAAAAGUAUUAUCCGAUACAUCCUUUGACCCAGCUCCCACACACAUACACUGGUCAUUCGUUACUGUCUCUGGAUUGUGGGAGUGCCAUUCACCAGAUCUUUAGAUAGUGUUUCCCCCCCUCGUGUGCGUGAGGUUUUUUUUCUCUCCAUGUGCUCUGGUUUCCUCCUACACAUAUAUAAACACUCGUAAAUUGGCUUCAAACUCAAUUAAAAACUACAAACCCAGUGCUGGACCAUCCUGAAAAAGAGUCCUAUGACUCAGUGUGGCUUUCCCCUAAAAACAACAAUUAUCCCAAAAUAAGUGCAUUAAAGCUUUGUUGUGGACAUACUGAAAUAUGUUGGACAUUGUAUACAUAUGAAAGUGAUCAUGAAACCCUAGAAUAAUUUUAAUGUUUAUCAAUUAGUUGUGCCAUGUUCCAAAUUGUUCUCAUAACUUCAGGCGAACUAGAGCAUAUUUAAUAGACGUUUCCCAAUUGUUCCUAUUCGCGAAAUGAAUCUGGACAACCAUAAACGAAUGACAUCAUAAAAACAACUUCAUGUAUAUUAUGAUUUAUGAGCAACUGUUGAACAAAAUUAAGAUACUAUUUCAUUUUUAUCCCACUGGGUUUCCACACCUUUAGAAAAAAAAACUGGUUUAGUUUAUAUAAGUUCAUCGUCACAGUACGUGGUGUAAAGAAUGUGGAACUAAAGAAAAGUAUAUAUUUUUUCAUCUUACAAAGUCGGGGUUUUGUAAGUCGGGUUUAAUAUUUGGCCACUUCCAGGGAAGAAUACAUCCCAGAUAUGGGUUUUUUCCUCUCUUCAAAAGAGCAUGCUUGUGUACUCUGACCACCAUUUGGCGAUGAUCCUUUAUAUUUUUGAACGGCAAGCAAUGUCAUCUUCACCCUAUUUCCCACUUGUCAUCGCAUCAAUAAAAUACUACUGCCAUUCAUCGCAGAGGAGAACAGAUUUUCAUCUCUAGCCUGAGCGGGUGAUUACGUACUUGGAACGGUUGUCCCGACAAUAGGUCUCUGAAUCAACGCUACAAAUGUAAAUAGCUUAUCGCUAUCGCACGUCUGGGCUUUGCUGUUUUACAAUUUUGGUAUUUUACAAAUUCGAAAUCGUGCGUUACUCGGCAACAAAACGUUACAAUUUUAUAAACUAUACGUUUAGAGAACAAUGUGUUUUUUGGGAUUUGGAUUGUAAAUGUUUCAAAUCUGUGGAAUGUUGUGCUGGUUUUGUCGAACAUAGCAAUGCAAACAUUUAAAGUUGUGAUAAUCCAUGUGGUUUGUGUCCUUCGUUGCAGCACUAAUUACACGUGACACUGUUCGCGUGUUUGCACCCCUAAAAGCAUUUUAAAAAAUCGCGGUUUUAUGUGAUCCCCUUUUUGGUUGUAACAUUUUCUGUAUGCCAUAUGCCUUUUCGGGGCAAUGCCCCUUGAGCAUUGGAAACAUACGUGUAUGUAACUGCAGCUACAUACUUCAACUAAAUAGAUUUUUAAUUGAUUUUCUUGUCCUUUUAGACAUUUUUAUUCUUGUUUUUAGUUUUUUUCCUGUCGGGAAAAGCCACAGAUUUUUGGGACCGGC